UCUGACCGACCGGGAAUACCGAUUUCUGAGCGUUUCGGCCUUCUCCCCCCCCCACGCUACACCGUAAGCUGUGUUUUCCUUCGAGCGGCUGCCAAGCGGAACUGGCCGCGUUGGCGUCGCAGGGAUCAAGCGGAAGAUUAUAUCGGUCAGUAUUAUGACAAACCGGGAUGACACACAUCCAGAAGGAGCCGUGUUUGUUUUGUAUGGCGACAUGAAGCAGGGGGUGGAGAGUCGCCACAGAGACGCUGGGCUCCGGCCAAACAUCUCCGCAUUUUAGCACCUCUCCCUGCCCAGGAUUUGCACUGAAUUGCAUUUUUGCUGCAUCGCCGACCGGCCGUGUAUCUUCUGCAAGGUGCAUGGUGGAAAAUGCAGCUUGUUUGAGGACAACCCCCCUUCCACAUAUCCAUCGCUGCCAUGACAGACAGAGGUCUCCUCUCGAGCGCGGCUCGUUGGUCGGUUGGAGAAGAGGCAGAUUGAUUUGGGACGGUGGGUCGCAUCUGCGGAUGUUAUUCUGUGUGUGGAGCUUGUAAAUACCAUCCUUGCGAACGCACCGUGAUUCUUACUCAGGGAAAAAAGGAAAAAAAAAAGGAAGAAAACAACAUGUCUUCUCGAUCUGCAUUACCGUCUGGAAACGACAGGAGCACAGGAGAACAUCAUGUGUCACUGGGGGCCAGUCGUGCAGACAAGGCCACCAGCCAGUCCAGCCGCUCUUUGGGGGCCCGGUGCAGGAACUCCAUCCCCUCCUGCUCUGAUGAGCAGCCACACAUCGGCAACUACCGUCUGCUCAAGACUAUCGGCAAGGGAAACUUUGCCAAGGUCAAGCUGGCCCGCCACAUCCUGACGGGCAGGGAGGUUGCAAUAAAAAUCAUUGACAAAACUCAGUUGAACCCAACCAGCCUACAAAAGCUUUUUCGGGAGGUACGAAUAAUGAAAGGUUUAAAUCACCCUAACAUAGUGCAGCUGUUCGAGGUGAUUGAGACUGAUAAAACCCUUUAUCUGGUCAUGGAGUAUGCCAGUGGAGGUGAAGUGUUUGACUACCUCGUGUCACAUGGGAGAAUGAAGGAGGUUGAAGCCAGAGCCAAAUUUCGACAGAUUGUCUCUGCUGUCCACUACUGCCACAUGAAGAACAUUGUCCACAGAGAUUUGAAGGCGGAGAACCUUCUGCUGGAUGCCGACGCAAACAUCAAGAUUGCCGAUUUUGGCUUCAGCAAUGAGUUCACGCUGGGGAACAAGCUGGACACGUUCUGUGGCUCGCCGCCCUAUGCUGCACCCGAGCUUUUCCAGGGAAAGAAGUACGACGGGCCAGAGGUGGAUGUCUGGAGUCUGGGAGUCAUCCUCUAUACUCUGGUCAGCGGUUCGCUGCCCUUUGAUGGGCAGAACCUGAAGGAGCUGCGGGAGCGUGUGCUGAGGGGAAAGUACCGCGUGCCCUUCUACAUGUCCACCGACUGUGAGGGCAUCCUUCGCCGAUUCCUGGUGCUCAAUCCCACCAAACGCUGCACCCUCGAGCAAGUCAUGAAGGACAAGUGGAUAAAUACAGGGUAUGAGGGGGAGGAGCUAAAGCCCCAUAUAGAACCUGUUGAGGACUACAGCGACCCAGCUCGUAUAGAGGUGAUGGUCGGGAUGGGCUUCACUCCAGAGGAAAUCAAAGACUCUCUGCUCAAUCAGAAAUACAAUGAGGUCACCGCCACCUACUUACUGCUGGGCCGAAAAGGGGAUGAGAGCAGUGAUGCUCGCACUGCUAGUAGCCUGUCCCUGGCGAGGGUACGACCCAGCCCCAUCACUAACGGGACCAACAAGCACUCCUCAGCCACCGGCUCCUCCUCUUCCUCCACCUCCUCCUCGCAUAGCAAGACCCAGCGCAGUACCUCCACCUACCACAGGCAGCGACGACACAGCGACUUCUGCGGCCCUUCCAUGCCCGUCAUGCACCCCAAGAGGAGCCCCACCAGCACGGGCGACCGGGAGCUACGGGAGGGCCGGAUGCCUUCGCGUAAAGCCAGCUGCAGUGUGAUGGGGAGCCACAGCCUCCCUCCGUCCAGCCCGAUGGUUAGCAGUGCCAACAAUCCCAACAAGUCGGAGAUCCCGGAUCGCCGCAAAGACAUGACUGCCACCACGAAUAACAUCCCUGGAAGCACCAUGACACGCCGGAAUACAUACGUGUGCACGGAUCGCUCAGGCGCUGACAGACACUCGCUUCUGCAGAAUGGCAAAGACAACAGCUCCCUGGGCCACCGCAUGCCCGCAGCUUCCCCCUCCACGCUCAGCAUGGCUGGAGCCGGAGCCGCCUCCUCCUCUUCCUCUUCGGAUCGAUGUCGCCUCACCCGUGGUUCCACAAUCCGCAGCACCUUCCAUGGUGGACAACUAAGGGAUCGCGGCCCACCGGUCUACUCCGCCCCACCCACAUCGCCGACCCUGUCCCACCAUGAACCCAGCCCGCUGCCCCACGCCCGCACCAGGGCAACCUCCAACCUGUUCACCAAGCUGACCUCGAAACUCACUCGCAGGGUCAACCUUGACCCAUCCAAGCGCCAGGGCUCAAACAAAUCAGUCUCGGGUUGUACUCUUCCACAAGGAUCAAAAACAGUUAGGUCACAAAUGAAUCUGAGGGAAUCAGGAGAUUUGCGGUCACAAGUAGAGCAGUCACAGCUGAGAGUCUCUUCCUUCCUCUGUAGUUGCCAUCUACCUGGGUAUCAAAAAACGUCCGAGCCCCGGGCCGUCGGACGUGGCUGGAAUCUGAGAGGUGGUGGUCGGCGGGACCCUGCGGAGGUGGUAAUGGCUCUGCGGGAGGCAGCACUCGGAUGUGGCUGCCAGGUCCACCAUUCCGGCCCCUUUCUGCUCUCCUGCACCCACGGCGUGGCAGGGGGCCGCGUGGCUUUCGAGGCCGAGGUGUGCCAUCUUUCCACAGGCACCUCCGAGACUUCUAACGGGGUGCGCUACACGCGACUGUGGGGGGCACCGCUAGCUUUUCGGGACAUUGCCACCCAAAUCUCUAAGGACCUUGAACUUUGAGCCAGAGGGUUUGUUUGCGUACAAAUGUGCAAUUCUUUUUUGUUUGUUUGUUUGUUUUUGUGUGAGUGUUUGUGUGUGUGCAAAGGGAAAUGGAGAAGAAAAAAAAAAUGCUGAGACGGGGCAAGGGGCUGGACCCAAGAGAAGAAACUUCUCUGUCUCUUUCAAGUAACCCCCCUGCACACACACAUACACACACUGAUACGCUCACAUCUGACCCUAAAAGUAACUCAGAACUGAAGCACCCCCGUCCACCCAAUCACCUCCACCCAGCUCUUCACCGAGCUGCUGCAACCACUGGAUCUGGAUCAGAUGGAGUCUAGUUGAAUCUUUUAUUGCUACUUUUAGCCAUAAUGACUCUUUAUUUUGUUAUGCUGUUCAUUGUUUUUACCCACUGUCACUGUCAUCACCACAAAAGAACAUCUCUCACAGAAGUUUUUUAAACUGUUCUUUUAUAUGUCAGCUCCAUACACAUUCAUUCUCAUGUCCUUACCAAUAAUUACCUGCUAACUUUCCAUCACCUGGAGACAAUAACGCACGCAUAAUGUGAGGAUGGUCCGACUCAAUGACCAGACGAGCAGCUGCAGAGCGUCGCAUUGCUUUGAAUCUACAUACAGCACAGCAGUGACAACCGCACGGGAUUAAGGUCAGUGAGAGUUGAUGGGUCUUUAAAACAGCCAAUCAGAGGUGGAGGUUAAACUCAACCAGCCAAUGAGUGAUGGAGUCUGACACCUGAGAGCCAGGGGGAUCUUGAACUUGAACUGGUGGAGUCAUGGCAUUGCAGUCACGUUUAUUUCUUGACAUGGCACGAGCAAAAAUGAAAAAUGAUAUUUUUUUUCUGAAAAACAAACCAAUUUUGCUAUCUUAAAUCUUAGCUAAGGUUCUAGUUUUUAUUGAAUAGAAGAACAAGAUGCACCUCCGUGCUCUCUGAUUGGCUGGUUUAAAUGUCUGUCAGAACUACUCACCCACAGAUAAACUAUGUUUUAGUAUUUAUAAAACUCAACUUGCUCUACCGUUUUUCAGUGAGUUGCCAAUAUGGUAAAAAAAAACCUAUUGAAAUCUCUCAAACGACGACAACUACUCAACCA